UAUAAACGUUUACUCCGUGGACCUGGGACCUUAUAUAAACAAGAGGAACGCAAGGGGUUUCGCAAACUCCAGUCAAAAAUGGCGGAAGAGUGGAACUCGAGUUUUCGCCGGAGUGUGGCGAGAAGCAUAGGCAGAAGUUUUAGCAGCGCUGCCGGGAGUUUGCGGAUGGAAGAUGCGUUUUCCGGCGUUGGAGGUGGUAGUCACGACGGAAGGAGCAGUCGUCACUCCAUGGAAGACGAAGAGGCCUUGCGAUGGGCUGCUUUAGAGAAACUCCCAACUUACAGUCGACUACGAACCACCAUCUUCAAGUCAUAUAUUCCGGAGGAUCAACAGGAACUGAAAUCUGAUCAGAUGUUGAUGGAUGUACGAGAGCUCGAUCCAGUUGCUCGACAGAAUUUCAUCAACAAGAUUUUUAUGCUCCCUGAAGAAGAUAACGAAAGGUUCUUGAGGAAGUUCAGGGAUCGAGUUCACAAGGUAGGAAUCUCGCUUCCAACAGUAGAAGUUCGAUUUCAAAAUUUGUCAAUAGAAGCUGAUUGCCAUGUCGGAGAUAGAGCACUUCCAACUCUCACAAAUUCUGCUAGAAAUAUCGUUGAAACCCUUCUCGCUACAAUCGGGAUCAACUUCUCCGAGAAAGCAAAACUGCGCAUUCUUAAAAAUGUCUCCGGAAUCAUCAAACCAUCAAGGAUGGCACUUGUGUUGGGUCCACCAUCAUCGGGGAAGACGACGCUUUUGUUAGCUCUAGCAGGAAGACUGGAUAAAAACUUAAAAGUUGAUGGAGAGGUAACUUACAAUGGACAUAAGCUCAAUGAAUUUGAACCACGAAGAACAGCUGCUUACAUUAGCCAAAACGAUAUUCAUGCUGGAGAAAUGACUGUGAAAGAAACAUUAGAUUUCUCAGCAAGAUGCCAAGGAGUUGGAUCUCGUUUAGAGAUGCUAACGGAGCUUGCAAGAAGAGAAAAGGAAGCAGGUAUCAUCCCAGAAGCAGAAGUCGACCUUUUCAUGAAGGCAACCGCGAUUGAAGGAGAUGAGAGCAGUUUGAUUACUUAUUACACUUUAAGAAUAUUGGGCCUAGAUAUAUGUCGUGACACGUUUGUUGGAGAUCAAAUGAGACGAGGUAUCUCUGGAGGACAAAAGAAGCGUGUAACCACAGGUGAGAUGCUUGUGGGACCCGCAAAAACUUUAUUUAUGGACGAGAUAUCAACGGGUCUAGACAGUUCCACUACAUUUCAAAUAGUGAAGUGCUUGCAACAAAUUGUACACCUCACCGAGUCAACAAUCUUAAUGUCCCUACUACAACCUGCUCCAGAAACUUUUGAUCUAUUUGAUGACAUCAUCCUUCUAUCCGAGGGUCAGAUCGUGUAUCAGGGCCCACGAGAAAAUGUUCUAGAAUUCUUCGAGAGUUGUGGGUUCGUAUGUCCAGAAAGAAAGGGUACUGCUGACUUCUUACAAGAGGUGACAUCUAAAAAGGAUCAAGAGCAAUAUUGGGUGAACAAAAAUAUACCGUAUAAAUACAUAUCAGUGAAUGGAUUUGUUGAGCGAUUCAAAAGUUUCCAUGUGGGAGAGAAGAUGAAAAACGAGUUGUCAAUUCCAUACGACAAAAACGAAAGCCAUAAAGCUGCUUUAGUCUUCCAAAAAUACUUAGUCCCGAAAAUGGAGCUCCUUAAAGCCUCAUGGGAUAAAGAGUGGCUACUAAUGAAAAGAAACGCUUUUGUUUUUGUUUUCAAAUCCAUACAAAUCGUGUUUAUAGCAUUCAUCAUCACGACUUUGUAUCUUAGGCCCACAAUGAACCAUAGAGAUGAACAAGAUGGGGUUAUCUAUAUAGGGGCACUUUUAAGUAGUUUACUCAUAAACAUGUUUAAUGGGCUUGCUGAUCUGUCACUUAUCAUCAUGAGACUUCCAGUUGUUUACAAGCAAAGGGACCUCAUGUUCCACCCUUCAUGGUGUUUCACUCUUCCAGCUUUCUUGCUUCGGAUUCCUAUUUCUAUACUUGAGAGUGUUAUGUGGUGUGGGAUUAUUUACUAUGGUAUUGAUCUUGCCCCUGAUGCUAGCAGGUUCUUCAAGCAUCUUUUGUUGGUGUUUUUGAUCCAGAAUGUGGCAGCAGGGUUGUUUAGGCUGAUUGCUGGGGUUUGUAAGACAAUGAAUAUUGCAAACACAGGAGGAUCUGUUGUGCUUUUGCUUAUAUUUCUGUUAGGUGGUUUUAUACUUCCUAAGACUCAGAUUCCAAACUGGUGGGAGUGGGCGUAUUGGCUUUCACCUUUGUCUUAUGGCUUCAAAGGAUUUGCUAUAAAUGAGUUUCUUGAUCCUAGGUGGACAAGCAAAACGAGCUCAGAUGGUUCAACCAACAUGGGGUUUGCAGUACUACGGACCCUUGACAUCCCAACUAAAGAAAGCACAUACUGGAUUUGUGCUGCUGCUCUUCUUGGUUUCACAUUUCUCUUCAAUAUUCUUUUCACCAUCACUCUCAUGUAUUUAAAAGCCCCUGGAAAGCCACAAGCAAUUAUCUCCAAGGAAGAAGCUGCAGCCAUGGCAGGUCAAGAUACCAACCAAGAACAAACACCACAUCAUGCUCCCAGAAAUCAAGUCACUUCUAAUGCUAAUGGUGUUGCUAAGAAAGGCAUGGUGCUUCAUUUUACUCCAUACGCCAUGUCAUUUGACAAUGUCAACUACUUUGUUGACAUGCCUGUUGAAAUGAGAGAACAAGGGGUAACAGAAGACAGGUUGCAUUUACUUAGUGAUGUAACAGGUGCAUUUAGGCCUGGAGUUUUAACUGCAUUGAUGGGAGUAAGUGGAGCUGGAAAAACUACAUUAAUGGAUGUUUUAGCAGGAAGAAAAACAGGUGGUUAUAUCGAAGGAGAUGUAAGAAUAUCAGGAUUCCCAAAAGUACAAGAAACAUUUGCAAGAAUCUCUGGAUAUUGUGAGCAAACUGACAUCCAUUCUCCCACAAUCACUGUUCAUGAAUCCUUAAUCUACUCUGCUUUCCUCCGUCUCCCAAAAGAAAUCAGCAAAGAAGACAAAAUGAGUUUUGUACGUGAAGUGAUGGAGUUGGUUGAACUCGACAAUAUCAAGAAUGCAAUGGUGGGACUUCCAGGAGUUAGUGGAUUAUCAACUGAACAAAGAAAGAGGCUUACAAUUGCAGUAGAACUUGUUGCAAAUCCUUCAAUUAUUUUCAUGGAUGAACCAACUUCUGGACUUGAUGCAAGAGCAGCUGCCAUUGUUAUGAGAGCUGUAAGAAACACAGUGGACACAGGAAGAACAGUUGUUUGCACCAUUCAUCAGCCUAGUAUUGAUAUCUUUGAAUCGUUUGAUGAGUUGCUGUUGUUGAAAAGAGGUGGAAAAGUUAUCUAUGCGGGACCUUUAGGCAGACAUUCUCAAAGCAUCAUUGAUUACUUUCAGGAAGUUCCUGGGGUUCCAAAGAUCCCUGAAAAAUACAAUCCAGCAACAUGGAUGUUGGAAGUCAGCUCUGGCGCUGCAGAGAUGCGACUUGGCGUUGACUUUGCUGACAUCUACAGUUCAUCGUCUUUGCAACAGAGGAACAAGGAUUUGGUGAAGGAGUUAAGCGUACCUCCUCAAGGAGCUGUAGAUCUUCACUUCGAAACACAAUAUUCUCAAAAUAUAUGGGGACAAUUCACUUCAUGUUUAUGGAAGAUGUGGUGGAGUUACUGGCGAAAUCCCGAUUAUAACCUUGUCCGAUUCUUCUUCACUUUGCUUUGUGCACUCAUGGUCGGGACUGUAUUCUGGAAAAUCGGCAAAAAAACGUCGACCAGCACUGAUUUAAAUAGAACAAUUGGAGCCAUGUACGCUGCUGUAUUUUUUGUAGGUGUAAACAAUUCCCAAACAGUACAACCAGUUGUUGCAACAGAAAGAACAGUCUUUUAUCGUGAAAGAGCAGCUGGAAUGUACUCUUCAUUACCAUAUGCCAUGGCACAAGUGUUUGUAGAGAUACCAUAUGUAUUCCUUCAAACGACAUACUACACUCUCAUAGUGUAUGCCAUGGUGUCAUUCGAAUGGACUGCAGCUAAAUUCUUUUGGCUCUUUUUCAUCAACUUCUUCUCGUUCCUUUACUUCACAUACUAUGGAAUGAUGACUGUUUCCAUUACACCAAAUGAGCAGAUUGCAGCUAUAUCCGCAGCUGGUUUCUACCUACUUUUUAAUAUCUUCUCAGGGUUUUAUAUCCCACAACCUAAAAUUCCUGGAUGGUGGGUGUGGUACUACUGGAUUUGCCCCAUGGCAUGGACUGUGUACGGAUGCAUUGUUUCUCAGUAUCAUGAUUCAACUAACACAAUCAUGGUUCCUGGGAUGGAACAGGGCCCACUCCUCACAUCGUAUAUAAAAGACUACUAUGGUUUUGAAUUGGAUUUCAUGGGUCCCGUUGCUGCGGUUUUGAUUGGUUUUUGUGUGUUCUUCGCGUUCCUGUAUGCCACCUUCCUCAGAACUUUGAACUUCCAAAUUAGAUAGAAAGUGCAUUCUUGAGUAUGUGGGAUUUGAAGAGGUAAGAAAGAUGAACUAAAGCUUGUUUCUUGUCGACAUUCUAUUAUUGAAUUUGUAAAUUGUGUUGUAGUUUAUACGGUUGAAUU